AUGGUGCAGAAGAAAACAGCCGAACUUCAGGGCUUCCAUCGUUCGUUCAAGGGGCAGAAUCCUUUCGAGCUGGCCUUCUCCCUAGAACAGGCCCACCCCGGAGAGACUGACUUCAGCCUGGAGUGCCCAGCCCGUCCUGAUAUGCCCACAAGCCAGCCCAUUGACAUCCCAGACGCCAAGAAGAGGGCCAAGAAGAAGAAGCGGUGUCGGGCAACUGACAGCUUCUCAGGCAGGUUCGAAGAUGUCUACCAGCUACAGGAGGAUGUGCUUGGGGAGGGCGCCCAUGCCCGUGUGCAGACCUGCAUCAAUCUCAUCACCAACCAGGAGUAUGCAGUCAAGAUCAUUGAGAAGCAGCCGGGCCACAUUCGGAGCAGGGUUUUCCGGGAGGUGGAGAUGCUGUAUCAGUGCCAGGGACACAGGAAUGUUCUAGAGCUGAUUGAAUUCUUCGAGGAGGAAGACCGAUUCUACCUGGUGUUUGAGAAGAUGCGGGGCGGCUCCAUCCUAAGCCACAUCCACAAGCGACGACACUUCAACGAGUUGGAGGCCAGCGUGGUGGUGCAGGAUGUGGCCAGCGCCCUGGAUUUCCUGCACAACAAAGGCAUCGCCCACAGGGACCUAAAGUUGGAAAACAUCCUCUGUGAGCACCCCAACCAGGUCUCCCCCGUUAAGAUCUGCGACUUUGACCUGGGCAGUGGCAUCAAACUCAAUGGGGACUGCUCCCCCAUCUCCACCCCGGAGCUGCUAACCCCAUGCGGCUCCGCAGAGUACAUGGCCCCUGAGGUGGUGGAGGCCUUCAGCGAGGAGGCCAGCAUCUAUGACAAGCGCUGCGACCUCUGGAGCCUGGGUGUCAUCCUCUACAUCCUGCUCAGUGGCUACCCGCCCUUUGUGGGCCACUGCGGCAGCGACUGCGGCUGGGACCGCGGGGAGGCCUGCCCGGCCUGCCAGAACAUGCUAUUCGAGAGCAUCCAGGAGGGCAAGUACGAGUUUCCUGAGAAGGACUGGGCCCACAUCUCCUUCGCUGCCAAAGACCUCAUCUCAAAGCUGCUGGUCCGAGACGCCAAGCAGAGGCUAAGCGCUGCGCAGGUCCUGCAGCACCCCUGGGUGCAGGGGUGCGCCCCAGAGAACACCUUGCCCACGCCCAUGGUUCUGCAGAGGUGGGACAGCUACUCACUUCCCCCAUCGCAUCUGCAGGGCACCUGGAGGGCUGGCCAGAACGUCACUGUGA